AUGAAGAAGAAGAAAAUCAAAGAUUCAUCCCGAUUAUCCAAUAAAAGUGAUUUGGAAUCUUCGGAUUUCAACACGGCAGUCAUGAGAAUCGCCGUCGCACAGAUGUGUCAGUCCGUCGGAUAUCAAGGCGCUCAAAUCUCAGCACUCAAAACCGUAACGGACGUUGCCGUCAGGUACAUUCGAUCACUGGCGAAGUACUCUACUACCUCCGCUGGAUCCACCGGCCGGACGCAGUGCAACCUUUUCGACAUCGUCCGUGCAUUGGAAGAUCUUCAUUCCGACAUUGGAUUCCAUGGAAACUCAGAUCCUAAAAGAAGAUUAUAUAUACUCAGCGAUUCAUCGAUUCUCCGUGACACGAUGAAGUUUUGUCUAUCGGAGUCGCGAAACCCCGUUUGCAAAACCCUUGCCUCGUCGAAGCCCUACACUUCCAUCAAAUUCACCAUGUUUUCCCAAUCAGAAUACCAAAUGGAAUCACGUUCCGAGAUGGUUACCGGAUUUCCCUAA